CGUCACACCCAUGCAAGAAGGCGGUCGAGUCUGCGAUCGCAAAGCCGCUGCUGCGUUAACACUGUCUGUCUUAUUAACUGUAGGAUCUGUUUUCUCGGUCCUGUUUGAAGUUGAAUGAUCAGUCGCGAUACUGUCUAACAUGGUCGGGGUGAAGGUCAUCGCCAACGAUGCCGAGUUCCAGCCCGAACUCACGGGCGCCGGCUCCAGACUCGCCGUGGUGAAGUUCACCAUGGCUGGGUGUCAGCCGUGUCUGAGAAUAGCUCCAGCCUUCAACAUGCUAAGCAGCAAGUACCCACACGUUGUCUUUCUUGAGGUGGACGUCCAUGUGUGUCAGGGAACAGCUGCAGCCAACAACAUCUCCGCCACGCCGACGUUCUUGUUUUUCCGAAACAAAGUGCGGGUGGAUCAGUACCAGGGAGCAGACGCCUCGGGCCUGGAGGAGAAGAUCAAACAGCAUGUAGAGAAUGAUCCAGGAAGCAACGAGGAUUCGGACAUUCCUAAAGGAUAUAUGGACCUCAUGCCAUUUGUGAAUAAAGCUGGAUGCGAGUGUCUUAACGAGAGUGACGACUGCGGCUUUGAUAACUGCUUAAUCAAGGACUCGUCCUACCUUGAAUCAGACUGCGAUGAACAGCUACUCAUCACGAUUGCCUUCACUCAGCCUGUAAAGCUCUUCUCUAUGAAGCUGCAGUCCUCAGACUUGGCUCAAGCCCCGAAGUGUGUGAAGAUUUUCAUCAACCUCCCGCGCUCUAUGGACUUCGACGAUGCGGAGAGAAGCGAGCCCACACAGAUGCUGGAGCUGACCGAAGAAGACUACAAAGACGACGGCCUCAUCUCGCUCCGAUACGUCAAGUUCCAGAACGUCAACAGUGUGACUCUGUUCAUCAAGUCAAACCUGGGUGACGAGGAGACGACGAAGGUGAACUAUCUGACGUUUAUAGGAACGCCGGUACAGGCCACCAACAUGAACGACUUCAAACGAGUUGUAGGGAAGAAGGGGGAGAGCCACUGAGGAGAAGACAACUGGACGUGGACACAAUCAGACACAAAGCUGGAACUGUUCCACUGCUCUCCGUCAGAGAGUUUGACAGAAAUUAACGGUGAGAGAGGGAGAGAGCGGAGUUGCACCUUUGGCUCAAUGAGGCAAAGCAUUCUCUACAUUUUUAUCUACGGAUCAUCCAAAACAAACCUGUAAAUAAAGCGAAUCCUUUUUCAAAGGCAAGCGG